GGCCACCAUUUCAAGAUCGGCGAGAACCCGGGACUUCACUUCCCGGCAGGCAGUGUUGCCCGAGGGGCGGAACUCCAUUUCCCAGCAGGCCCAGGCGGCGGGUGCCGCGGUGCCUUGUGUGGGAUGUAAGCGCGGAGGCCGAGGCCCGCCGCCAUGGGGCUGAAGGCCGCCCAGAAAACGCUGUUCCCGCUGCGCUCCAUCGACGACGUGGUGCGCCUAUUCGCCGCCGAGCUGGGCCGAGAGGAGCCGGACCUGGUGCUCCUCUCCUUGGUCCUGGGCUUCGUGGAGCACUUCCUAGCUGUCAACCGCGUCAUCCCCACCAACGUGCCCGAACUCACCUUCCAGCCCAGCCCCGCGCCCGACCCUCCCGGCGGCCUCACCUACUUCCCCGUGGCCGACCUCUCCAUCAUCGCCGCGCUCUACGCCCGCUUCACCGCCCAGAUCCGCGGCGCCGUCGACCUCUCUCUCUACCCGCGAGAGGGGGGCGUCUCCAGCCGCGAGCUGGUGAAGAAGGUCUCCGAUGUCAUCUGGAACAGCCUCAGCCGUUCCUACUUCAAGGAUCGGGCCCACAUCCAAUCCCUCUUCAGCUUCAUCACAGGCACCAAACUGGACAGCUCUGGUGUGGCCUUUGCAGUGGUGGGGGCCUGCCAGGCUCUGGGUCUCCGGGAUGUCCACCUGGCCCUGUCUGAGGACCAUGCCUGGGUGGUGUUUGGGCCCAACGGAGAGCAGACAGCUGAGGUCACUUGGCAUGGAAAGGGCAAUGAGGACCGCAGGGGACAGACGGUCAACGCGGGUGUGGCUGAGCGGAGCUGGCUGUACCUGAAAGGCUCCUACAUGCGCUGUGACCGCAAAAUGGAGGUGGCGUUUAUGGUGUGCGCCAUCAAUCCUUCCAUUGACCUGCACACUGAUUCUCUGGAGCUGCUGCAGCUGCAGCAGAAGCUGCUCUGGCUACUCUAUGACCUGGGACAUCUGGAAAGGUACCCCAUGGCGCUGGGGAACCUGGCAGAUCUGGAGGAGCUGGAGCCCACCCCUGGCCGGCCAGACCCACUCACACUCUACCACAAGGGCAUUGCCUCAGCCAAGACCUACUACAGGGAUGAGCACAUCUACCCCUACAUGUACCUGGCUGGCUACCACUGUCGCAACCGCAAUGUGCGCGAAGCCCUGCAGGCCUGGGCCGACACGGCCACUGUCAUCCAGGACUACAACUACUGCCGUGAAGACGAGGAGAUCUACAAGGAGUUCUUUGAAGUAGCCAAUGACGUCAUCCCCAACCUGCUGAAGGAGGCGGCCAGCCUGCUGGAGGCCGGCGAGGAGCGGCCGGGGGAGCAGACCCAGGGCGCCCAGAGCCAGGGUUCUGCCCUCCAGGACCCCGAGUGCUUCGCCCACCUGCUGAGAUUCUAUGAUGGCAUCUGCAAGUGGGAAGAGGGCAGCCCCACGCCCGUGCUGCACGUGGGCUGGGCCACCUUCCUUGUGCAGUCACUAGGCCGUUUCGAGGGACAGGUGCGGCAGAAGGUGCGCAUAGUGAGCCGCGACGCUGAGACAGCCGAGGCGGAGGAGCCGUGGGGCGAGGAAGCGCGGGAAGGCCGGCGGCGGGGCCCGCGGCGGGAGUCCAAGCCCGAGGAGCCGCCGCCGCCUAAGAAGCCGGCGCUGGACAAGGGCCCAGGCGCGGGCCAGGGGGCGGUGCCCGGGGCCCCCCGGAAGCCCCCAGGGACGGUCCCGGGCACUGCCCGCGGCCCCGAAGGCGGCAGCGCAGUGCCGGCGCCAGCGCCCGCCGCGUCGCCGCCCCCGGAGGGCCCGGUGCUCACUUUCCAGAGCGAGAAGAUGAAGGGCAUGAAGGAGCUGCUGGUCGCCACCAAGAUCAACUCGAGCGCCAUCAAGCUGCAGCUCACGGCGCAGUCGCAAGUGCAGAUGAAGAAGCAGAAGGUGUCUACGCCUAGCGACUACACGCUUUCUUUCCUCAAGCGGCAGCGCAAGGGCCUCUGAACUACUCGGGCUCCCUAUCAGCCCAUGGGGAGGCCGCCCCGCACCGGAUGGAGGCUCCGCCCCAGGCCCGGCCUGCGGGCCCCACCCCCACCCGGAACCGAGGCUGCGGGUGCGGGAGCAGACUCUACCCCAGCGCCCGAACCCGGGCUCUGCCCCGUCAUUGGAAUAUAGGUCCCUUCCCCCAGCAUCCCAGCCGGCCAAUGGGGACCUCACCCUGGGUCCUGUCGCCGGUCUUUAAAGGCCCAAUCACGGGAACGCAGGCCCCAUCUCAGAACCGUUCUAACUUGCGGCCGGACCGGUAUUGCCCAAGGCUGCUCUAAGUCCGCGGGGCUGAGGUCUCCCCCUAAAGCCUGGAAGCACGGGUGUCCCCCCGGCCCGGGAACCGGGGACCGGGCUCAGCCCCUACGAGUACAUUUUGGCACUUCAGAAUUCCAUUCCUGGGAAUCCAAGCCCCCUACCCCACAGAGUUUAAGGAACGCUUCCAGAAUUUGGAAAUCCUAGCUUCCUUCCCUCUGUCCACCGAGUCCGGGACAUGAAGCUCCGCCCCUGGCCUAUGUGAACCCUGAGCCCCGCCCCCUUCCUGACCAAACUGGCCCCGGAUCAGAGCGACCUCUCUUCUGACCCUCUGGGAACCUCCCGACUGUCCAGCCGGUCUCGGGGGACCCGGGAGGAAAUCUGCAGGGGUGUGCGAGUGGGUGAGGGGAGCCUGAUCUCUUCCUGUUUUGUACAUAGAUUUAUUUUUCAGUUUCAAGGAAGAUGAAUACAUUUUGUAA